AUGCUCGUCACAUUCCUCCUCCCCACGCUCUUCGCAGCCAGCAUCAUCGCCAACCCCGUCGCUCCCGCGCCAGCUGCCUACACCGGUAACUGCAAUUCGCAAACCGCUUUAUUGGCGAACUGCCAGCCCCCACAAGUAUGCUGCGCUUCAAUGGGAGGAGGUGGAGGGUGCGUCCAAACAGUAUUGGUCGAGGCUGAAGAGAAGGAGUGGACUAUUGAAUAUUUAUCAGAAAAGGUUGGAUCCAAGAAUACAUUAUCCACCCGGCCACCGACACGCCUAAGCCACGCCAAAACCGGUGACCGGAGGCCCAGAGACGACACACGAUAUACGAAACGUGUCUCCUUCCGAGUCGUAUGGUACGAGCACUCUGCAAAGCCUCAUCGAUACUCGUGA